AUGGCCCCGGAGAACGCCUCUCCCUCCUCCCCGGAGGACGUGGCCCCACCCCCUGGCAUUGGGGGAACCUUCGUCCGGGGCCACCGGCGCUCGGCAUCCUGUGGGUCGGCCUACCCCAUGGCCCUCCCCUCGGACAGUGGACUCCCCUCGGACUGCCGCAUCAUCCGCGUUUUACAUACCGGUAGCUAUUUUCACACUGUUUUACCAGUAACUUCAUUAUUUUUCAAAACCACUUUGUUUUGUUACAAUCCAGCAGCCUAUAAAUUUUAUGAAAUAAACUCCCAAUCAGACCCAGUCCAAAAACUCCCAAGGGGCACCCUUUGGGCGAAGGCUGAAAAACCUGUUUCUUCUCUCUCUUUUCUCUCUCUCUCUCUCUCUCCCUGUGCUAUUGCUGCCUGCCCUCUGCAGGUCACGAGCCAAGACAAGGCACCGGUUGUGAUUGGAAAGGCGCUGGAGAAGCACAACCAGGAUCGGGUCCUGGCCCCCAACUAUGAACUGGUGCAGCUCCUGCCAGAAGGCAGAGAGCUGGCCUUCCCCACCACAGCGAACGUCUUCUACACGAUGAGCAGCACCUGCCUGGACUUCAUGCUGCGACCCAAGCGCCCGCGGGAGAAGCCGCCCCCUCCACCGCCCCCGCCUAAGCCGACGGCGCCCAAGGGGGUGGAAAUCAGCGCCACCUUCCCAAAGAUCAAGGCCACCGGGCGGAAGAUAGCCAGGGCCCUCUUUUGAGUUGGGCGGCAGGAGGACAGAGCGGUGCCUCGGUUUCCACUCGCUCAGGGCUGACGGCCCACGCUGCCCUUGAGACUGUGGACAUUAUAGGGUUGCCAGAGGGCAAAGCGGCGUCAGAAGUGGCCAAAUGUUGGCAGAGCUGCAUUGGCAGGCCCCAUGGCCCGUCCUGGCUGGCGCAGAACCCUGGUUUUCCAGAGUCUUUGAGGAACUCGAUGCCCUUAACUGCUUGGACCCAGGGAAAGGGAAACCAGAGGACAGGACCCGAUCCGACGGAUGCAAACGACAAGAAAAGAGAUUCUGGCUAAACGUUAGGAAGAACUUCCCGUUUGAUGUGGGACCAGAGGUGGCAGAGUCACCUUCAUUUUUUAAG